AUGGCACAGACCAAUGGGGAGUUGGAGCACUCGAAAGAGGCUCCCCAAGCUUCUCAGGAGAUUGCCAAUGGCAACGUUCCCGAGGGCACAGAGGAGGACAAUGCGGGUGGUCUUUUCCAGAUCUCCGUGAAGCUUCCUCAUGCGCCGCAUAAGAUUCAAGUGAUGGUUUCCAGCCAAGAACAGGUUCAGGAUGUCCGCCAAUCUAUUGUCGAACUACCGGGUACUUUCCAAUAUACUUGCUUCCACCUCGAAUUCAAUGGAAACCGCAUCAACGACUUCGUUGAGCUGUCUGAGGUCCCGGGCCUUGAGGCUGACUCCGAGAUCGUCCUGGUCGAGGAUCCCUACACCGAGAAGGAGGCCCGCAUGCAUGUUGUGCGCAUCAGGGAGCUAAUUGGUGCUUCUGGUGACCGUGUCGACAACCUCCAUGGUAUCUCCGCUGGUCUGUCUCUGCACGAUACUAUCACGGCAGACGCCAUCAAGGCUAGCGAGUCCGAGAAGGAGCACUCGCUCUCCAAAUAUGACCUGACCGGAGCUUCACCGCUGCAGACUAUCCUGCCCACCGAACAGGCUCCUCUGCCCAAGACAGUGAAGUCCAUCUCGUUGUCUUCAUGGAACCCCGUUCCGUACAACCUCCGCCAGAAGGGUCACUUGCUUUACCUCGUUGUUGCCACUAACGAAGGUGAACAAUUCCAGAUCACUGCCCACGUGUCUGGAUUCUUCGUGAACAAGUGCUCCAACAUCAGAUUCGACCCAUUCCCGAAGCCAACACACCCCAAGAAGGGCAGCGCCCACUCCUUGCUCACUCUCAUCUCCCAACUCUCGCCCUCGUUCAACGCCUCCUUCGAGGCUCUGCAGGAGUACAACAAUGAGAAGGAUCUUUUGACCACUUUCCCCUUCCAGAACGCCAUUCCCAACAGCCCAUGGCUUAUCUCCCCCAGCACUUCGAGCUUGAAUGCCCACCAGCCCGAUAUCACUCGUUCCCAGGAGAACUACCUGAUCUCUGGUGUUGAUAACGCCGAGACUCUGCGUGACUGGAACGAGGAGUUCCAGACUACUCGCGAGCUUCCCCGCGAGACCGUUCAGGAUCGCGUGUUCCGGGAACGUUUGACCUCCAAGCUGUUCGCCGAUUAUAAUGAGGCUGCCGCUCGCGGUGCAGUCCUGGUCGCUCGGGGUGAGGUUGCUCCUCUAAACCCCACUGAGGCGCGGGACGCCCAGAUCUUUGUCUACAAUAACAUCUUCUACUCCUUCGGUGCUGAUGGCGUUGGGACUUUCACCUCUGAAGGUGGUGACGAAGCCGCACGCGUGGCCGUGGGUAAGGACGUUCUUGGCAUCAAGGCUGUUAACCAGCUUGAUAUCGAUGGACUGUUCACCCCCGGAACUGUGGUCGUCGACUACCUGGGCAAGCGUAUUGUUGGCCAGAGCAUUGUUCCUGGUAUCUUCAAGCAACGCGAGCCCGGUGAGCACCAGAUUGACUACGGUGGUGUUGAGGGCAAGGAGGUCGUGGCCACCCACGCUGAUUUCGUCCCCGUCUUCGAGAAGCUCUCGAAGGCGCUGCGUGUCAAGCAGCACCCUGUCUGGGACAAGGAGAACCAGCGUCACGAUCUAGAAGGUAGCGUCGAGACCAAGGGCCUUUUGGGUACUGAUGGCAGGAAAUACGUUCUGGAUCUCUACCGCGUGGCUCCUCUGGAUGCCGCAUGGCAGGAAGAGGAGGGUAGCGAUGUCUACCCCCACCGCAUGUCCGUUCUCAGACUUGAGCUGGUCGAGUCUUACUGGCGCCACAAGAUGAGCCAGUACGUGAAGGCUGAGAUCGAGAGUCGUAAGGCUGCUAGUGCCGAGGCUGAGAAGGAGGUCAAGGCCGAGGAGGAUAAGACCGAGGAGGAGAAGGCCGAGGAGAAGGCGGCGAAGGCGGAACAGGAGCGUGUUGAUAUUUCUGGAUUCAGCCUUGCUCUCAACCCCGAUGUUUUCAGCGGCCAGGUGCCCCAGACGGAGGAGGAGAAGGAGCAAUGGGCAAAGGAUGAGCAGGAAGUCCGGGAUGCCUGUGAUCACCUCCGAUCCAAGGUCAUCCCCGACCUGCUCAAGGACUUGCACGAUGGUGACGUUGGCUUCCCCAUGGACGGCCAAUCGUUGACCCAGCUGUUGCACAAGCGUGGUAUCAACCUCCGUUACCUCGGAAAGUUGGCCCAACAGUCAGCCGAGAAGGGACCUCGCCUCCAGGCUCUGUCCAUUCUCCUGGUCCAGGAAAUGGUUACUCGUGCCUUCAAGCACGUUGCCAACCGCUACCUGAACAACGUUCCCGCUCCCUUCGUCGCCCCUUGCCUUUCUCACUUGCUGAACUGCCUCCUCGGAUCGGAUGUUAACGCUACCCCUCAGGCGGAGAUUGACGGAUCUCUACGUGCAAUCUUCCCUGAGGGUGAUUUCUCUUUCGAGAAGGUCACCCCCGAGUCCCUCCGGGCCGAGAUCGAGAAGCAGGUCACUAUCCGCUUCCGCUUCUCCCUCGAGAAGGACUGGUCCAGCUCCCUGAGACACUUGCAGCUUCUGCGUGACAUCUCCAUCAAGUUGGGUCUCCAGCUCGGUGCCCGUGACUACGCCUUCACCAAGGCCCAGGCCAAGGAGCAGGUUGUUGUUCCUGUCACCAACGGCUCUACUCAAGAGGAGCCUAAGAAGAAGGGCAAGAAGAAGGGUGGUGACAAGUCUCCUGCCCGCGCCGCCCCGGCGCCGGCUAAGCCCGCUGUUACUUUCACUGCUGAUGACAUCCUGAAUGUCGUUCCUUUGGUCCGCGAUGCCUCUCCCCGCAGCGCAUUGGCAGAGGAGGCCCUGGAGGCCGGUCGUAUCUCUCUCAUGCAAAAUCAGAAGCAGUUGGGCCAGGAGCUCAUCCUCGAGUCUCUGUCUCUGCACGAGCAGAUCUACGGUAUCCUGCACCCCGAGGUCGCCAAGCUCUACCACCAGCUUUCCAUGCUGUACUACCAGACUGAUGAGAAGGAGGCUGCCGUGGAAUUGGCCCGCAAGGCCGUCAUCGUCACCGAGCGUACCAUGGGUGUCGAUUCGGCCGACACUAUUCUGAGCUACCUCAACCUGAGUCUGUUCGAGCAUGCCUCCGGCAACACCAAGACCGCUCUGGUUUACAUCAAGCACGCCAUGGAUGUCUGGAAGAUCAUCUACGGCCCUAACCACCCCGACUCCAUCACCACGAUGAACAACGCCGCCGUGAUGCUGCAACACCUCAAGCAGUACAACGACUCCCGCAAGUGGUUCGAGGCCUCCCUCUCCGUCUGUGAGAACUUGUUCGGCAAGGACUCUAUCAACACCGCCACCAUUCUCUUCCAGCUUGCCCAAGCUCUCGCUUUGGACCAGGACUCCAAGGCUGCCGUCGGCAAGAUGCGUGAGGCAUACAACAUCUUCCUCGCCCAGCUUGGACCCGAAGACCGCAACACCAAGGAGGCCGAGAACUGGCUUGAGCAGCUCACUCAGAAUGCUGUCUCUAUCGCCAAGCACGCUAAGGACAUCCAGGCUCGUCGUCUGCGUCGCAACCCUCUGAACCCUCGCGUGUCUUCCAUGGGUACCCGUGUUCAGCCCCAGGUUGGCCAGUCUGCACCUGAAAUCACCGCCCCUGCCGACCCCUCAGGUCUCGACUCUCGCAGCAUCGAUGAGCUUCUGAAGUUCAUCGAAGGUAGCGACACCAGCUCUUCGCGCUCCAAGCAGAAGAAGCGUGCCGCCACCAGCAACCCCAAGCUCCGUGGCUCCAAGCAGUCUAACAAGGCAUAG